AUGCCUUCUACACACAACAAAGACAAGCCCUGGGACACGCCAGACAUAGAUAAGUGGAAGAUUGACGAGUUCACUGAGGCCGACAAUGCACUGGGUUUGCCGUUUGCCGAGGAAUCGUCUUUCAUGACCCUCUUCCCAAAAUACAGAGAAAACUACCUCCGGUCCAUCUGGCCCGAUUUGACCCAGGCUUUGGAAAAACAUCAAAUUGCCUGCCAGCUUGAUCUUGUUGAAGGUUCCAUGACUGUCAGCACCACCAGAAAGACAUAUGACCCUGCCAUCAUUUUGAAGGCCAGAGACCUUAUAAAACUUUUGGCCCGUUCCGUUCCAUACCCCCAGGCGGUGAAGAUUUUGCAGGACGACAUCGCCUGUGAUGUCAUCAAGAUCGGCAACUUCGUGCUGAACAAGGAGAGAUUUGUCAAGAGAAGACAGCGUUUGGUGGGUCCUAAUGGUAACACCCUUAAAGCCUUGGAGCUUUUGACGAAAUGUUACAUCUUGGUUCAGGGUAACACCGUCAGCGCCAUGGGUCCUUACAAGGGCUUGAAGGAUGUUCGUAGGGUUGUUGAAGAUUGCAUGAAAAACGUCCACCCCAUCUACCACAUCAAGGAGCUCAUGAUCAAGCAGGAGCUCGCCAAGAACCCCGAGUUGGCCAACGAGGACUGGUCCCGUUUCUUGCCCAUGUUCAAGAAGCGUAACGUUGCCAGAAAGAAGGCCGAGAACAAGGACAAGAAGAAGAAGGUGUACACACCAUUCCCACCAGCACAGCAGCCUAGAAAGGUCGAUUUGCAGAUCGAGAGUGGUGAGUAUUUCUUGGGCAAGAGAGAGAAGUACGUUCGUGAUCUUCAGUCGAAGCGUGCCAAGCAGGAGGAGGUUGCUGAGCAGCGUAGGGUUGAAAGAGACCAGGCAUUUGAAGCUCCUGAGGAGACUCUGUAUGAGAACAAGUUGGUAGGCGAGAAGCGCAAGCGCGAUGACGACGACGACGAGAAGAGGGAAAAGAAGAAGGAGAAGAAGGAGAAGAAAGAAAAGAAGGAAAAGAAGGAAAAGAAGGAAAAGAAGGAGAAGAAAGACAAGAAGGAGAAGAAGGAGAAGAAGCUGAAGAAGGAAAGCGAUGAGUAA